AUGAGCGAUACGCUGGAAGUACUGGAGCCGACUUUUGGCCGACCCAAGUUUCCCAGUUUGGUACAUUUGGCCACGCAGACGAUUUCCAGGCAUCUCACCAGUUUAGAAGAUUUCGGCCAGACACCAUACCAUUUGAUGGAGCCUAUACUUAAGCGAAUGAAUGCCAAACAACUCAGCCUGAUGGAAGAAAAGUCUCCACAUAUUGUACCUCAAUCAGACAGGCUUUGGAGCCAACUUAUCGAAAAAGAUUUUCCAGAUAGACCUCAUACAGCAGAUGUAUUCUCACGAACCAAACCAGAUGCAACACCUUAUAGAACUCUUUACCACAAAUAUGUUACUGAAAGAGAAGCUUUCCGACAAGAUCUGGCCAAGAGAUUGCGGAGAAUUACCCAGCAGCUUCAGAACAAGAAAUCAGAGAAUAAGAUCAUCACUGUCAGCGGGAUCUUGAAGGAUCCAACCAUCAAGAGAAGAACGUAUUCUAGCCCGAGAGGCAGCUAUGGCCGGCAAACGGCAUUGAACAAGAGUUCAAUUCUCAACAAAGCCAGGAGGGAACUUCAGGGUCGAAAUUUGAUCUUUUCUAGACAACAUGUAAAGCCUUAUUCUGCUUAUGAUGCCUUCAAG